AGACAAGAAAUGUGUGUACAAUUUGAUUUAGCAUCAUGGCCUCUCUGUCUUUGGUGAUUUUGAUGUUCUGCUCGUUAUCCCCUGCCUAUGGACAAUAUGACGUUUACCUGCCAGAUCUGGCUGCCAAGGUCGGGGCUACGAUCUUCGCUAACUUCAUCAACGUGGCUAGUCUUGGACAGCCCCUCUCUGCACCAGGUCCUAUGACGAUGUUUGCUCCAAAUAACAGCGCUUUCUCCAAAUUAUCGCCCGCCGUAAUGAAGUUACUGAACAAUAACGUUACCGAGCUGGUGAAUGUGAUAUUGUACCACGUGUUGAAUGAGGAACUGCGAAUCGACAAUGAGACACAGAACGAUACGUUGGUUGGUACUCUGGCUGGGCCGUCCAUCAGGAUCAAUGUGUAUAACGUGUACAAACACAGGAAAUUCGUCCGCAAGGUUACGACGGUAUGCGGGAAGGUGGUCGUUAGCGCCGACAACGAGGCUGACAACGGCGUUCUUCAUGUACUCAACGGUGUCUUAUUCCCGCCACCCGGCACAAUAAUGACAGCGAUACGGAAGUGUCCAGAGCUGACCAUACUGACCAAAGGUCUCAUAGAUAUAGGACUUACAGACAUACUGGAAGGCGAUGGUCCCCUCACGAUAUUUGCGCCAACGGAUGCCGCGUUUAAGAAGUUACCAGGGGACAUGUUGGAGAAACUUCUAUCUAAUAGGACGGCAUUAGAAGAAGUGCUGACGUACCACAUUUGUGUUGGGACACAUUUCACCCAAGGCUUCCUGGCCAAGCAAUACUCCAAUCUACUACAGAUGCUAUCGCUAGGCUGGGUCAGCGUCAAUGUCACCGAGACCUAUGCCACAGCAAAUAGUAUCAAAAUAGCCUACCCGGACAUUAACGUCAGUAACGGAGUUGUACACGGUAUGGACACCGUCUUAUUUCCUCACAAGCUGUUGGACGAUGAAGAAAUUUGACUUCACGUGACGCAGUCCUUAUAAAAAAGGGAGUGACGUCACGGAAUACCUUACUAAUGAAUGUAUAUUAUCGGUUUACAAUAAAAAACUGUAUUAAACUAAAUUUUGUGAUUGAAAACAGCCUUAACAGAGGUUGAAAUAUAGAGAGCGGCGAGCCUUUACCCCAUAAUGUUAAAAUAUUUAGCUAGUACAUAAAUAACAUUAUAUAUAUAUAUGUCAGUGUGAUUGACAAUAAUUACUUGAUUAAGUUGUAUCUAAUCCACGCAAUUAUGUAUUUCACUAUGGAUUUCGUCUUAUUACUGUAAGAAAUAUUAUAAUUCUUUUCUUGGUGACUGAAACAUGAUCAGAGAAAGCAACAAAAUAAAUAGAGCAAAACAUGAAAGACGUCUGAAGAAUAAGAAUUUGAACUCGUACAUUUGUAUAUAACGAUUGCCAAUGUUUUUAUUUACAUAAUCAAAUAUUUACAUCUCUCCCUUCUUCAGCUUAGUAAAUUCUGACUGCGAAUAAAUUAGCGUAUACGAAGUGAAAAAAAGGCACAGCGGAUUAAUAAGCUCGGGAAUCGGUAACAUAAUUAUGACGUCGUCUUUUUACGCAACGUCAACUAGAUGGCGCUAUUUUGAAAGGACUGAUCAAUGCAAUUUUAGCCUUGUUUCCUGUUUCCCGAUGAUAUCUGCACAAAAAGCCAACGUCAAGUGAGUAUUUGAUGAAAAACUAAACUGAAUAUUGUUUAAAUGGAUGCAUAUUUGACUUCUCCACGAGAAUGGCUGAAGUGUACAGUUCCAAGAGAACAUUUGACCACGUCACUACUAAAUCUGUGUCAAAACACACUUUGCUUUAUAACCAUAGUUAAUGUUAGACGAAGUUGUGGAUUGUGAAUUAAUUGAUUAAUUAAUUAAAUCAAUCAAUUAAAAACGUAAAAGGUA